AUCUCCAUAGUGAUUUGCUUUAUAAAUAGCAAGACGCCAAAGGAAAAUCUGACUACUGUUCCAUUCGUUACAAUAUGAGCACAGGCAAACGGAAUGUUAUUCGCACUUCUACAGCUUGGAGCAUAGUGCAGUUCAAAGUAUAUUCAGUAAGCGUCAAUUCCAUUCACUUCAAGAGGCAACAUGAUUGAAGUGGGCGGGAUAGCAAUACCCGUAUACAGUGUCCGGCGCAUGCCAGAUGAGAGUUCUGCGCGUCUGCGUCCAUUACUUCCACACCUCAACGCAGCGAGGACCUUGUCUAUUGACUUGUGAGGGCCACAAGGCAAAACAAGAGGAGGGAUGGAGCAGCAUGAACGAAGAACGCAUGAAGGAGUUCCUUGAAAAAUGUUUUUGAUGUGGAAGCCUACCUCCUAUUACCGUGUUUGGUUUCUCUCUCAAGUACAUCAGCAUUUACAUUUCCCUGCUUGAUGCGCGAAGAUAAUGGGAAGUGACACAGCUGUCAUGAACGCCACUCGGAAUUUUAUAGCCAAUAACUCCAGUAGAGAGGAGUCCACCUUUGCCCAGCCGGUGAUGGUUACCCUGGCGGUGAUGAUGGUCAUUUUGGUUGUAGUGACGGUUUCAGGAAACGCUCUGGUCAUAUUUGCCUUCAAAGUUGACAAAAGUUUAAGGCGGCAAAGCAACUACUUUUUCUUGAAUCUGGCCAUUUCGGAUUUUCUUGUAGGUGCUUUCUGCAUUCCCGUGUACAUCCCAUACAUCCUCUCUGGUCGAUGGAUGUUGGGUAGGGGACUGUGUAAACUGUGGCUGGUCAUGGACUACCUGCUGUGCACUGCAUCGGUCUUCAACAUCGUCCUCAUCAGCUACGACCGUUUCCUGUCAGUCACUCAAGCGGUAUCUUAUCGUGCAAAACAAGGGAUGACCAAGCAAGCUAUUGGGAAGAUGAUUGCUGUGUGGGUGUUGGCCUUCCUUCUCUACGGUCCAGCCAUUAUCUUCUGGGACCAUGUGUCUGGCAAGAGCUGUGUGGCCGUGGACGAGUGCUUCGCCGAGUUCUACUACACCUGGUAUUUCCUGCUAAGUGCCUCGGUACUUGAGUUCUUCUCACCGUUCAUCUCAGUGGCCUUCUUCAAUCUCAGCAUCUACCUGAACAUCCGCCGCAGGAGGCUGUGUGGCGCCAAGCGCGAACCUGUCCUGGAGGUCUCCUCCCAGGCCGAGAGCAUCCGGCUCUCCCCACUUUACUACUGCCACUCCGUGUUUUUCAAGAGCAAGAAGGCGGUGUCCGUGGCGGCGGCCAACGCUGAGGAGGAAAAGGGCUCGCUGGACUCGCAGAUGUCAUCUCCUCCGGUGAGCCGGGUCGGCAGCGGCGGUGGCGGGGCCCAGCGCUCACGGCUAACCCGAGACAAGAAGGUGGCCAAGUCGCUGGCGGUGAUCGUGUGCGUGUUCGCCGUGUGCUGGGCCCCCUACACGCUGCUGAUGAUCAUCCGCGCGGCCUGCCGGGGCGACUGCGUGGAGCACCACUGGUACGAGGCCUCCUUCUGGCUCCUGUGGAUCAACUCGGCCAUCAACCCCUUCCUGUACCCGGUGUGCCACAGCAGUUUCAGACGUGCCUUCGCCAGGAUCCUGUGCCCGAGACGGCGUAAGUCCAGCAGGCAUCACCGUAAGCCUCCUUAGUCUCCCAGAGCGCUCUCCCUUAACCCCCCUAAAAGGAGAUGGCGAGGUAAA